AUGGGAAUCAUCAAUCCAGAAAAAUACUCCCUUCAAUCGUUCGAACAACAUGAGAGGGAGAUGUUCAAACAUACGUACAGAGACUUUAAAUCACUGAAUGGCACUCAAGCGAUCAGUUAUCAGGAAUGGCUUAUAAUGAACAACUACGGAAUACUGUUCGAUACUCAGGAGUCAGUGUUACAGAAGAAAACUAGUACACGAAGUACGGUUAAUAAAGAUUUAUUUAUCAAAAAUAUCCAGAAGGGGGAUAUAUUAGUCACAACAAAAUUUAAUAACGGGUUCAUUGGCCAUGUAGCAAUAAUGGCAACUGAUGACCACGCGAUAGAGUUGCCUGGUGGCUUGACUUGGAUGUUAGGCAUAGCGGAUAAUAACAGAAUUAUUUCUAAAGACGCUUGGUUCAACGAUUAUGGCUCUGGUUGGACGACGGUGUACCGAUGCCCUGACAAGGCAGUAGCUGAUAGUGCAGCGGAGUGGGCUUACCUUCACUACUACAACCCACUUGGACUUGCCGAGAAGACCAUCCAUACAUUGUACAGAUUAAACUUUGAUUUCGAAUCUACGAAUCCUAGCUAUUGUUCUAAGCUAGUACUUCAGGCUUUCGUUUUCAGUGACCGACCAAUUAUACAUAAGCUCCAUAGGUAUGGGUUUGUGAUACCUCCAAUUCAAGUCCCGGGUUACUUCGAGCCUCCAUAUAAAUUGAAAAUUGUGGGAAAAUUUUGA